AAAUCGAAUGUAUACCAAUAGUUUAAGCUGAUUAACUGUAUGCUUCGCCCCCUUUACGAAUUGACCCAUCAAUUAAACAUUUAUGCGAUGAAAGAUGUAUCUUGUGAAGAAAGAGUUAUUUUCAGUUAACUACUGUCUGGAGCAUACUGACAUAUAGAUCAUUGUAACAGUUGAAGGAGAAUGGCUCCUAUUUUCAAAAUGUUGACAUUCAAUGUAGUCACUGUAUUCUUAUUCCGAAUGUCUGUUGGAAAAGUAAUCUAUGAUGUUGAUUUUGACGAUGAUGAUGGAAAGUGGCUCUCCGACGAUGAGAAUUACGAAACGUCAAAGGAUUAUUUAGGGGAUUCUGUUGCAGGAUUUGUACUUCAAGACAAUGAAAAAUGUCCGCCAUUACAGGAAGUUCCGUCAUCGUCUGCUUGCAUGGCCACACCUUGCUUUAAGGAUACAGAUUGUGGAAAAUCGGAAGGUCGUUGCUGUGAUAAUGGCUGUGUGUUUACAUGUUUUUCAUACCCGAUAGGACCAACAUAUAUUGACUGGGUUCGUGAACCAAGACGACAACAAGUAAAUGGAAUCUCAUGGCUGAUGAAGGGACCAAAUUUAGCGGAAGAAUUAGAACCAUGCAGUACUACACAUCACGAAGAUGAAGAUCCUCUUUUAUGCCCAACAGGAUACAUUUGUCACGUGGAAAAGCUGGGAAAUUCGAAAAAGGGCGUACCUAAUUUAGGUCACUGUAUUCCUGAAAAAGACGUGUUUCCAACAGUUAACCCAAAUUCCAACAGACAUUUAGAAACCGACUGCUAUUUAGAGAAAUAUUUAAUGGAAGAUGGCGCAAAGAUAAAAGUUAGAAAUAGGACUUGUUACUGUAAACAGGGUUUCUUGGCUUGUUUAAAAGACUGACUGUAGAAGACGUGUCUUAUUCUUUACAUUCCAAAGGGAAAAAUCAUUACAGAGGUGAUGAACCAACAGACAGGACACAAAUCCAAAGGAAAAAUGCCUAAACAGUAUUCAAAUGACCAACAGAAAAGACAACUUAUGGAUUUUCAAAAAUUUGCAUUGAUGUACGCGACCUUUUAGAUGCAUUCGAAAAAAACGUGCUACACCUUUUGUACCAAAUUAAUAGCUUUGAAUAUUUAAUGUAUUAAUUGGUUGAUAUAUAUUUUAUGCAUAUUUAUUAGUUAUUUGUAUAUAUAUUUGACAAUCCAUAA